AUGUUCCGAACAGCGCUCCUCCGAUCCGCACGGUCAGCCGUUCGCGCUGCACCAAGAUGCCAGGCCUCAAUGGCUCGCCCCAUUGCGCGCAGCUCUUUCCUCCAGCCCAAGCAAAUUACGCCCUCUGUAUACUUCCAGGCCGCACGAUGCUACUCUGCAAGCGCCGGUCUAUCGCGGGAUGAGGUUACUGGCAGGAUAAUGGAUCUGUUGAAGAAUUUUGACAAGGUCACGGAUGCGUCAAAGCUCAACGCCGAAUCGCACUUCCACAAUGACCUUGGUCUCGACAGUCUUGAUACCGUAGAGGUCGUCAUGGCAAUUGAAGAGGAAUUCAGCAUUGAGAUCCCCGAUAAGGAGGCCGACGCUAUCCACAGCGUCAAGCAAGCGGUGGAGUACAUCCUCGCCCAACCUGAUGCCCACUAG